AUGAAUGACUUACCCUUGGAUCUUCUCGACGAAAUUCUCUUCAAAAUAGAUCCUGUAUCUGUGGCAAGCAUUGGAUGCACAAAUAGAUUUUUCCGAUCAUAUAUAUCUGAUCCAAAAUUUGAUUCUUACCGCUUUCCUGGAGUGGAAUCCAGCUUGUUCUACAUUUCCAGCUUUAGGGACAAAUACAGAAAUUUCGUCUAUUGUCAGUCUUUUGUCUCUUCUAGUGUUUGUAUGUCACCGGGAAAUGAAACAGACCAGGUUAAAAAGCGAUGUUACAUUCUCGGCUGCUGCUCCGGCCUUCUCCUCUUAUACAUCGAUGAUCUCUUCGUCGUAAAUCCCUUCACAAAGCGGUUUCGAUUACUGGAUCACUCUGAGUCAAAAUUUCUCCCUGAGAUAGUUGGUCCUUAUCAUCCCGAUGGACGUCUCAAUGUCCGUGCAGCGAGAGCAAUGUGUGUUGGUUUCGCGGUAGCUAGAUAUCAAGCCAAGAAAAGAUUCAAGAUCGUCUGCAUACAAGAGAUGCAAACCAUGUAUAGAUUCGAGAUCAGCGACGAUGGAGAUUCUUGGAGAUUAUCGAAAACGACCAUCAUGACAACUGGUUCAAAAAGCCAUCUCACGAUUCGAAUGAAACCUGUUUACUUGGACGACACUCUUCACUGGUUGAGAAACGACGGAAGCAUAAUAGCUUUCAAUCCCGAGACAGAGGAAGCAAAACUGAUUCCUUCCAGAUUCCAUCGGAAACCAGACAUGAAAUUCUUUUUCGCAGUAGACGAAAAGAUCAAUCGCCUGACCUUAAUAUCGGGGACGAAAGAAGCAAUCUCGGUUUACACACUAGAUMGAAAUCUCAAGUGGGAUCUCGCUAGGCGGAUCAAGAACGUAUCGAUGGACGAAAAAGAGCUUGUAUGUUGGCAGGUGGUUUUGUAUGAUGGUAAGCGUCUUGUGGUGAGGGAGAAGAAAAUUGAGUUUAUAGAAGGUGUGGUUCAUGUGUACGACAUGGGAGCUAAUAGUUGGGGAGUUUUGGUGAUAACUAAUUGGUGGGCAGAAAGCGACUUAGACUACUACAAGUAUACACCAUCCUUGUACUUUGUCGAGGAUGAUCAACAUAACAAGGAGAUUGUAGCUACAAAUGACCUACGCAUCUCCUAUCUAAUUAAGAUUAUGAGACUCAUUGAUUAUAACCAAGUAAACGAUAUUCUUCUUACUUAUCGUUUGGGUCGUCGAUAG